AAUCUGGAUUGUCAUAAAAAUCGGUGCAUUUUAUAAUAUUUGUUUUAGACCGCCAUUGAACCAACGGCUUGUUCAAAUCAUUUGGGUUCAAGUGAAUCAGCCAGUUUCAAACCGAAUAAAACUUUAUCAUAUUAGGUAAUUAGCAUUUGAUUGAAUACUUUCUGUUUGUCACUUCUCUUUGCCUCUUUCCUCUUUGAACAAGACUCUUCUCUCUAGCGUCGACAUGAAUUUUUGGAUGGUUGAUGGUAAGCAACAAGAACCUUGCUUCAAUAAACAUCACACCUCGAACUAAGGCUUGAACCCACUCUCUUAUCCUCUCUUCUCCCUCACUUUCUCUUCCCAUCCCCCUUUUCCUUGGUAGAUCCUCAAGGAUGGCCGAUGGCAAGUAGCCACUCCCUUGCUUUCUCUCUUUCUCUCCCUUCAUCGUGCUCACCUUGAAGCUUGGUGAUAGGCAAAAGAUAGCAGCAACAGAACCCUCUCUUUUCCUCUUCCCUCGCCUUACUCACCCUCGCCAAACCUUGUGGUAUGUCGGCAGGCAUCAACAAGUAGGUCUUGCUUACUCUCUCCUCUCUCUCAACCCCUCUUACUCCACCAUGCUUACUAGAUCAUGGUAGCAGGCCAACAAUCACCAAUAAUUUGUCCCUUCUCUCCCCCUUUUUCUUUCUCUCUCUCCCUCCCCCCACCUGUCCUUCCUUCUCCUUCCCCACUAGCCACCCUAACUCUCCUCUCCGCCUCCAGCCCCACACAAUCAGGAUAGUAACAAUCUGAUAACUGUAACGAUGCAGUCCGCUAUCCCUCUUCCCACUCUUUAUUUUCAAAGUUUCUCACAUCAAAAUGAAAGUCUAAUUCUCACACUCCCAAUGCCCUCCUCUUCCCGAACUCCCUUGCCAAUGACGGUGGUAGCGUCAUCUCCCACCACUCUUCGCCGCAAGAGGCCUCCCCUCCUUACUCUCAUACCUUCUCUCAUCAAAUGCCAAAAGCCUCUUCCCUCUACUUCCUACUAAUCUUCUGUUUGAUAUUUUGCAAUAGGACUGCAGUUUUAUGGUGUUUCACUGAACAUUAUGGUUUGCCUAAAAAGGUCCAAUUUUACUCUAUAAGAGAUUGAGAAGAAGAGGAAUCCUAAGACUUUUAGAGUCUAUGAGUUGUCUAUGAGCAACUAAGUAUUUCUAAAAAUGACACUAACAAAUUCUAAUUUAUGUAAGACAAGUUUUAUGAAAAACUUGAGAAGGCUCCCUUUUACAUUGCAUGAAAUAUCAAUUUUCCAAAAUUCAUUUGUUAAACAACCUAAAACUAUUUCAACAAAGCAUGCAUAUUUUAUUUCAUAUUUUUCUAAAAAAUCUAUAUAUAUUUAUGAUUUUAAUAUUUUACAUAUAAGUAAUUAAUAAUUAAUAUAUUAGAUGGAAUGGGUUGACUUAGAUUGAUCCAACGGUUGAUUUAUCCUUGACCAAACUUUUUUUCCAAGUUACUGGUCGAUCCAAUUUUUCAAGUAGUAUGUCAAAUAUAAUAAAAAAUAUCAUAAAUGGCUCGAAUUGAGUCUUUAUUUUUUUUAUUAAGACAGUUAACAUAAACAUAUCAAUUUUAUUCGUCAAGCAAUAUAUGCUACAGAGACAGAAUGAUAUCUACAGAAAGGCAAAACUAGCUUCCCAAUAUGUGCAGUGUAUGAUCUUGUCUCAUAAGUAACUAGACGGAACCUUCUUGAAUGAUUUUUCUUGUAACUAUUUUUAUUCACAAUGUCUUAUCCUAUUAUUUUUAAGCUUUCAUAUAUCGCUAACAAUACAAUUACCAAUUAUUUAUUUUACAAUUUAAAAAUUAUUUUGCUUGAAAUAUUUUAGUAUAGGUUAUUUAGAAGUGUAAAACUUUUUAAAAAAAUAAAAUAAAAAGCUAAACUAAAACCAACCCUACCCAACAAAAUUUGGAAAUUAAAAAAAAAAUCAAAAUUGACUUCUGCCCAAGGGGAGAAGGAUCAUGUGCGCCUUUGGGUGUCGAUAAGGCAAUACAAUCUGGCCCGUUUUGAGCCCAAAAAUUUGGAGCAUCAUACUACAGCCCAGUGCUUCUGGUCUUCAGAAUGCGGCUGGAUACCCUUGCAUCGAAACCCUUGUUCGUGUUUUAGGGCUCAAAGGGGGAAGCCCUUUUUAAACCCCUGCCGGACGUUGCAGCCUCCCAUUCCUCUCCCUCUCGUUCUUCCUGUGGCUCUUUUUCUUCAUCAAAAAUCUCUAUUCUUCUUUUGUGUAUCUAUUUCUCUUUCUUCUUCUUCUUCUCCUUCUAAUCUUUUGAACUCUCGAUGAUGAGAUUCGAAGCAGACGGGCGGUCAGAAACUGAUGCCAUGUUGAAUGUCUGCAAUCUCUGCCUUCCUUGUUUCAAGGAACGCAUCUGAGAGAUCGGUACUAUCACCUAGUGGCUCAGAAAUUUGCAAUCUCCAUUGCACUUUGAAGCUUUAAGAAAAGAACAAAUGUCUAAGAAGAGCCAACAUACCCUUGCUGGUCCAUCAACCCAAGAUGAGAAGAAGAGGAAGGCCAUUUGGAAUGAAAAAUUGAUAGAGGAGUUUAUCGAUAUAUGUAUUAGUAAAGUUGAAGCUGGUAAUCGCCCAGGAACACAUUUCAAUAGGUUAGGGUGGGCCAAUAUAAUUAAGAAAUUCAAUGAGAAGACUGGAAAUCAAUAUGACUACAAAAAAUUUAAAAAUAAGUGGGAUAACCUGAAAGCAAAUUGGAGCAUUUGGAUGAAAUUGGUGGGAAAGGAAACAGGACUUGGAUGGGAUCCUGUUAGAAAUACAAUAGAUGCACCAGAUGCAUGGUGGGAAAAAAAAUUGCAGGAGAUUCCUGAUGCAGCUAAGUUUCGAGAACGUGGUCUACAACAUGCAAUAAAAUUGGAUAGGUUAUUUAGAGGUACUAGUGCCACUGGGGAGGGGGCCUGGGCACCAGCUUUACUGGUGCAGGAGGAUGUUGAGGACACAAUUGAAGUAUAUGAGAGGUUGGAUGGGGUUAAUAAUGAUACAUUUGAGGGCUUAGGUGACUCAGAUGAGGACCAUCAUAUGAGUGCAUAUAAAAUUGAUGAUGUUCCCACUGAUAAUUUUAAUGUUAACCUUACUCUUGCAUCUGAUGCUAUCCAAGAGAGAGGAAAGAAAAGAGUUAGCUCUACUUUGCAUGAUAAGAAAUGCAAGAAGGUUGGGGGUGCUGCACAACUAUCUCAGCAAUUGAGUCGUCUUAUUGAUGCAGUGGAGAAGAAAAGUACAGUGCCAUCCAAGAUGAUUGAUAAACCUGGACGUAGUAUCGAUGAGGUGAUGGACGUAGUGCAUAUGAUGCCUGAGAUGGUAGCACAACCUGAACUGCUUUUGAUUGCUGCUGAGGUGCUCCUUAAAAGAGAACAUCGAGAGAUGUUUAUGGCACUCCGAGAUACCAAUCUUCGAAUUGAAUGGCUCAAGCGAAUGUCAAACUUACAUAAGUAGUUGUUGACGUACUAUUAUGGCAAUAUGUUUUGUAGUUUUAAUUAUGAACUUCUAUUAUAGAAUGAUGAUGGACUAUAUGUAUUUGUGGUAUCUCUUGGAUAAUGUAUCGUGGAUGCUAUUGAUUUUAUGGAUAUUAUAGAAGUUAUGAUUUUGUGAUAUAAUAUGUAUUUGCAUUAUAUGUUUAUAUAUCAUUUGUUUUAUUUGCUACAGAUGUUUUAUUUUUUGCAUAAUAUGUUUUCUACAGGUAUGGGCAGCAUUGACAAUAGUUCUGAGGAGAAUUAUUCCAGUGAAGAUGAGAUAGUUGAUGAUGAUAAUUAUAAUAUUCUACUAACUGCAACUGUUGGUAUGGUUACUGAAUAUUACACAAAAUAUAUUGAAAAGGAGCCUUGUAGGACCUCUUAUCAAACCGGAUACAAGUUUGUAUCAGAAAUUUUAGAUGGCAAUCCAUAUAGAUGCCAACAACAAUUUCGAAUGGAAAAACAUGUAUUUAUUAAUCUGUGCAUGGAAUUGAAAAUCAAAUAUGGUUUAAAGGCUUCUAGAUAUAUUCCUGUUGAGGAGCUGGUGUCUAUGUUUUUGAUGAUUCUAGGACAUGGGUUUGGGAAUAGGAUGGUUCAAGAAAGAUUUCAACAUUCCGGAGAAAUAGUUAGUAGAUAUUUCACCCAUGUUUUAAAUGCUGUUUUAAGGAUGUCCAAGGAUAUUAUUAGCCCGCUGGAUAAAGAGUUCAAAAAUAUUCCAAGUAAAAUCCGCAAUGAUCAUCGUUGGUGGCCUUAUUUUAAGGACUGCAUUGGAGCAAUUGAUGGCACCCAUAUACCAGUGAAAAUUUCUCCAUCCAAACAAGUACCAUAUAUUGGCCGAAAAGGGAUUCCUACACAAAAUUUUAUGGCUUGUUGUGAUUUUGAUAUGCGUUUCACUUUUGUUUGUGCUGGAUGGAAAGGUACUGCUCAUGAUACUCGUAUUUUUUUAGAUGCUAUACACAGAAAAGAGCUCCAAUUUCCACACCCACCUAGAGGUAAAUAUUAUUUGGUGGAUGCAGGAUAUCCUCACAUGUUGGGAUAUAUGGGGCCUUACAAAGGGGAGAGGUAUCAUUUACCAGAUUUUCGACGUGGAAGUCAACCAAAGGGUAUACAUGAAAUCUUUAAUCAUGCACAUUCCUCCCUGAGAUGCACUAUUGAGAGGACAUUCGGAUGCUGGAAAAGUAGAUGGAGAAUGUUGAGUACCAUGCCCAACUUUUCUUAUCAUAAACAAGUCCAAAUUGUGGUGGCUUCCAUGGCUAUUCAUAAUUUUAUUAGAAAUCAUGCAAUCAAAGAUUUGGAGUUUCAGCCUUAUGAUGAUAAUGAGGAUCUACUCCCUUCUGAUUGUUUAGAGAUUAAUGAACCACAGGAAGAACUGAGUGCAGAGCAAAGCCAAAUAUUGGGUAACCGUGAGAUGGAUAUUCUGCGUGAUCAUAUUGCUUCUCAACUUAUAGCUCGUUGACUUCUGAGUGCAGUGCAAUUCUACAUGUUGUUUUAUUUUGUAUUUGACCAAACAUGAAUGUUCGUUGUAUUUUUGUUGCUACUACGUCAACAAUGUAAAAAAGUAUGAACAAGGUAAAGUUAGAGAGGAUGGAUAUUAACUAUGUGCAAUCCUUGAUUAA